CUAUGAGGCAGCAGAGAGUCAACGGAGAGUUGACAGGAACAACAUCACCGCUCUGAGCACACAUUAUUUAUGGAUUGCCUCACUUAACAAGAAGCGCCUCACUUAAGAAGAAACGCCUCUGUUUAUUCUGCAAGUGAGUGACAGUUAAUCCACGACAUCAGGUCUAGAACAGCGAGCCUUACCGUCUGUGACUUCAGUAUGCUGGCCUUUUGGACUUGAGCAGGUUGAAGACAAUUUAAGAGGUGACUGUGUCAAACAGAGCUUGGAUCCACAGCAAGAAAGAGAUGGGAAACACAGCGACCAAGUUCCGUAAGGCUCUCAUCAACGGAGAUGAGGCGCUGGCCUGCCAACUGUAUGAGAGUAACCCACAGUUCAAAGAGGCUCUGGAUCCAAACACUACAUACGGAGAGUCCUACCAGCACAACACUCCGCUGCACUACGCUGCCCGGCACGGCAUGACACGCCUACUCAGGUCUUUUCUUCUAAACAAAGAUGGGAAUCCAAACAAGCGUAAUGUGCACAAUGAGACAUCUCUGCACCUUCUCUGCAUGGGGCCCCAGAUCCUGACCUCAGAGGGGGCACUGCAACCACGGAUCUCGCGGCCAUAUGAAGACAAACAGCGUCGGGCAGAAUGUCUACAAAUUAUCCUGGCAUGGACCGGAGCAAAACUGGACCACGGCGAGUACGAGGCGGCUGAUGUGAAUGCCACCGACAACAAGAAAAACACCUGCCUGCACUAUGCUGCUGCCUCAGGCAUGAAGACUUGUGUGGAGUUCCUGGUGCAGAGAGACGCAGACCUGUUUGCAGAGAAUGAAAACCGCGAGACUCCAUGUGACUGUGCAGAGAAGCAGCACCACAAGGAGCUGGCCCUGUGCCUAGAGUCACAGAUGGUCUUCUCUCUUGCCCCUGAGGCGGAGGGUAUAGAGGCAGAGUAUGCAGCCCUCGACCGGAGAGAGCUGUAUGAGGGCCUGCGGCCUCAGGAUCUUCGGAGGUUGAAGGACAUGCUGAUAGUGGAGACAGCCGACAUGCUGCAGGCCCCUCUCUUCACUGCAGAGGGGCUGCUACGUGCCCACGAUUGGGACAGAGAGAAGCUCUUAGAGGCCUGGAUGUCUGAUGCGGAGGAAUGCUGCCAGCGCUCAGGAGUCCAGAUGCCCAACCCGCCUCCAAGCGGCUACAAUGCCUGGGACACCUUGCCCUCUCCACGGACGCCACGCACCACCCGCUCCUCCGUCACCUCUCCAGACCAAAUCAGCCUCGUCCCUGCCGAUGAUGAGUCUUCUCUGUGUGGCAUCUGCAUGUCUUCCAUCUCUGUUUUUGAAGAACCUGUCGACAUGUCCUGUGGCCACGAGUUCUGCAGAGCAUGCUGGGAAGGGUUUCUGAACUUAAAGAUCCAAGAGGGUGAAGCUCACAACAUCUUUUGUCCCGCCUUUGACUGCUACCAGCUUGUGCCUGUGGAAGUCAUCGAGAGUGUGGUGUCUAGAGAGAUGGACAGGCGCUACCUCCAGUUUGACAUUAAGGCUUUUGUCGAAAAUAAUCCAGCUAUCCGCUGGUGUCCUGAGGCUGGGUGUGAGAGAGCGGUGAGACUGAAGACUCAGGGCCCUGGGACCUCGAACUCAGACUCUCUCAGCUUUCCUCUCCUUCGGGCUCCUGCUGUAGAUUGUGGAAAAGGCCACCUGUUCUGCUGGGAGUGUCAAGGUGAGGCCCACGAGCCGUGUGACUGUGAAACCUGGAAGAUGUGGCUACAGAAAGUCACUGAGAUGAGACCUGAGGAAUUGGCUGGUGUAAGCGAGGCGUACGAGGAUGCAGCCAAUUGUCUGUGGUUGCUUUCGAACUCUAAACCCUGCGCCAACUGCAAAUCCCCCAUACAGAAAAAUGAGGGCUGCAACCACAUGCAGUGUGCUAAGUGUAAGUAUGACUUCUGCUGGAUCUGUCUGGAGGAAUGGAAGAAACACAGCUCAUCAACAGGAGGCUACUACCGCUGCACCCGCUACGAGGUCAUCCAGCAGGUAGAGGAGCAGUCAAAGGAGAUGACGGAAGAGGCAGAGAAGAAGCACAAGAGCUUUCAGGAACUCGACCGUUUUAUGCACUACUACACACGCUUCAAGAACCAUGAGCACAGUUAUCAGCUGGAGCAGCGCCUGUUAAAAACAGCCAAAGAGAAGAUGGAGCAGCUCAGUCGAGCUCUGAGUGGAAGGGAAGGAGGCCCACCUGACACUACAUUCAUUGAAGACGCAGUCCUAGAACUACUGAAGACUCGUCGCAUCCUCAAGUGCUCUUAUCCUUAUGGGUUCUUUCUGGAGCCCAAAAGCACAAAGAAAGAGAUCUACGAGCUUAUGCAGACGGACUUGGAGAUGGUGACAGAGGACCUCGCACAAAAGGUUAAUCGGCCUUAUCUGCGGACGCCACGCCACAAAAUAAUCCGUGCUGCGUGUCUGGUGCAGCAGAAGAGGCAGGAGUUUCUGGCAUCGGUAGCCAGGGGAGUGGCUCCUAAUGACUCUCCUGAGGCUCCCAGACGCAGUUUUGCAGGCGGGACGUGGGACUGGGAGUACUUAGGCUUCGCAUCACCUGAGGAGUAUGCAGAGUUUCAGUACAGACGAAGGCACAGGCAGCGGAGGCGAGGCGACAUGUCAAGUCUCCGUAGCAACACACCCGACCCUGAUGACCCCAGUGACAGCACUUCAGACACACAGGAUGUCGGAGGUGGUCGUAGACAAGGUCCUCUGAUGGGUCUGGGUUCUCUGGAUGACGAUGACCCGAACAUCCUCCUGGCCAUUCAGCUGUCCCUCCAGGAGUCGGGGAUGGUAGGGACUGGAUCAAACCUUGAUGGCAUUUCCCAUGAAGCCUCACUGGGUGCUAUCGGCACCUCCCUGCCGUCCAGGCUUGAACAGAGCGCACCAGGUGUAGACACCCUCCCCAGGGCUUCUCUGAGCAGCUCAGAACUGCUGGAGCUGGGAGACAGCUUGGCCAGACUUGGUAACAUCAGCAUCAGCAGCCAGUACUCUGCUGCUGCUGGUGUUCACGCCUCUGUGCAGCACUGUGACACUCACCACCAGGCCUACAGGGCCUCUGUACCCAUACCCAUGGCUCCAGGUGGCAGCAACUCCUCCACAGGCCUCUUCUCCUCCUCCAGUGACACGUUAGACUCAAACACAUGUGGCAGCCACGACCCAUCAUCCUCUUCUGCAUUGGCAGCAAAUGCUAACCUGCUGGGCAACAUCAUGGCCUGGUUCCAUGACAUGAAUCCUCAAGGUAUCACCCUCGUCCCAUCAUCCUCCUCUGACACUGACUCAAACCUUGGCAUACUCCAUGCAGGUGGGGGAGGAGGGGGAGGAGGGUGCCUGCAAGAGGAAGAGAAAGCAGGGAUCGUACUGCCUGACAGCAGGAAACCUCAGGAAGUGAUUCCAGAGGUUGGCUUCUGCUCCCAGAGACUGGGCGACAUGCAGGAGAAGGAGUGUGCGGUGGCGGAGAGGCCAACACAGUUAGACCUGGUGGGAGUGGACACAACACCGAUACCUUACAAGGCAAACCUGGACGCAAGUGGACAGCACGUGGAACGCAGAGGCUCGAAGGUGUGCCAUGUUGACACUCCACAAUGUGACUCUGUCUCCGACCAGCUGCCCAGCACCAGCUCCUCUGAGUGGGAGGAGCAAAUACACUUAGUAUGAAGUUAUUGGCUGAGAUGAGGAGAAGCCAGGAAAAAAAAAAGAGAAAAAAAAAAAUCGCUAGAGAUGGAAAAUUAAGAGGAGUUUGUUUUGUAGCGUUUCAGCCAGAAUGUAAACAGAAUGAAGAAUGUGCAUGUUGGAGAGUGGAGGGAGAAUUAUUUAGCGUUGCAAUUAGGUUGGUUUCCUGCGUUGACUGUACGUAGGUCCUCCUAAAAGAAUGCACUCACUGAAGGAGAGAUUUUCAAAGAUAGAUUUCCUACAUUGGUUCAAUGAUUGCUGAUAGAAAUAUAAAUAAGUAGCUUUUUUGAAAUAAUUUUUAAGGGCGACUUGUGCGUAGUGCAGGUAUUAUAUUUUUUUUCACUGGAGUAAAAGCCUACUGUAUGAGUCUGAAUCAGGUCUGAUGGAGGUUAUUCAUCUGUACAUACGAGCAGAUUACUACUCUGCUCCAGCAUCGAACCUGUGGGGUACAGGCUGGGAAGUACUUCUCACUCCUGUCCAAAUCUGCCUACUUCAAAGGUGCCAAACACUGACUAGCAAAAGCACAAUUUGCAGUCACCAAGUGGAUCCUUCAAAGCAAAUUGUGCCUGCUUAUUACAAUCUCAAUGACUCAGCCGAACUUCAAAUGUGAAAGUCUCGAGCCAUAUUUUUAUUUGAGAUUGCGGCUGAGUGGUGUUUUAAAAUCUAAUAGCUGUAGCGUGCUGUGUAAAUCUGUAGUUCAGGACCGUAAUGGUUGUGUAGUUUAUUAUGUGAAACAUGCUCACCAAACAAUAGAGAUUAAUUAUUCAAAUGAAAAGCUGGUGGCCUGCCUGAAAACAUUUCCAAAUAGACUUGACAGUGGGUUUUCAUCUCAAAGCCUCAAUCCUUACACACCUCCGAUGGGAAAUGUCUUUUGAUCGUCAAAGAAGAGAAGUGCUGACGGGCCCAGAGGGGCUGCUCAGUGUCAUCCAGUUCACUCCAUCCUGAAUCCCUCUUUAGCUUCACUUUUUAAAUUAAUGUUGGAGCGCUGCAGCAGGAUGAGAGUGUGACAGACUAAGUAGACAGUGAGUAGUCUUGUUUAUAUACAGCAGGAAAGGCCAGUGAAAGAGAUAAUCAGGCAGUCAUUUUCAGUCUUUGGUGAAUUAAUUAAUCAAAUACAAGUCACUGUAAUUUAUCUCUGGGUCUUAUUUAAGUGUAAUAAAAGCAAAGCGGUCAUAGAGCCCUGCAGGGGAAUUCACGGAGAAUUCAUGAAUGUGAAUUGCGACUCAAACACGGGGGGGUCCGUGUCUUUCAAACAGUUCUCUAUACGGUUAGAGACAUAGUGCCUUUAUGUCAAUCAUCAUGAUUCAGUUCUUUUCACACAUUUUCCUGAGUGCUAAUUACACCGUAUUUACAGUGUAACCUAAACAAACACCUCCCACCUUAAAGUUUUUCUCUCAUAUAGUGUGCAAACAUAUUAUUUUUCCAUCUACAGUAAUUGUAGCAUGAAGCUUUUUAAUGGUUCUAGUGGUAUUAUGUGAUGGAGAACACUGAUUUUAUAUGAACAGGUUAAUGGUUAAUGUCCUACUUUAAAUUCAUGUUCCCAUAUAUUUUGAAAAAAGUUUUAUUUCUUUUGUUUUAUGUGAAAAGGGCUUUGUUCCCAACAUUUUGAAACAGCUGGUUUUGCUGUGGUUUGAAAACUAAAAUUACUGUAUUGACUUUAGAGAGAGUUUUCCUGCUGUUUGACACAUGAAUCUAACCCUGAGACACUAAAUCAGCGGGGGGUUGCAAUACAGACAAGGUAUUUAUUUCAGAUGAAUUAGAUCCAUUGAAGAAAAUGGAUUGUGAAUAGCCUAUAAGAAUUGAAACACAUUGAUCAGUGUUUUACUUUGUGAAUUUAAAGUAUUUGUCUAAAGUAAAUGACCAUUUUAAAGAAGAGCCACAUUAAACCUGAAGAUAGUGAUUGUUUAAAAAGUGUCUUGAAGUUGUGAAACUGUGAGUGCCAUAUGGUUAGUGGAGCUAACUUUGUUUGGUCUUGUUAGUGGGUUAAACAGAGAGAACACCUUUCUGUGAGACAGUCAACUGUGCAUGAAAAGGCCUCAAGAUUUCAUGGAAUUUGUACUUCUUUUUUUCACCUCUACUGUCCAGGUGAUUUAUUUUAAAACAUUUUGUAACUCAUUGAGAUUUUCUAUUGUAAAGCGACUAAUCCUUGAAAUGCUAUUUGCACUUUCAUAGUCUAUACUUGAUACAUUCCCUCUUUAUAUGAAAAGUGUUUGAUGUGUGAUGCCAAUAAACCAUGUGUUGAGUUUAAA